AUGAAAGUGCUUUGUGUCGCUGAAAAGCCAAGUAUAGCAAAGAGUAUCACAGAGAUUUUAUCUGGAGGACAUUGGACACAUCGAAAUAGCCCUCAUAAAUAUAUCAGAAACUACGAUUUCGACUAUAACCUUCCACCUCCACUAGGUCAAGGAAGAGGAGCCGCAUUUACAGUAACAGCUGUUUUGGGCCAUCUCACAAGCUCAGAUUUUGACGAUGAUCAUAGAAAAUGGAGUUCUUGUGAUCCUUUCGCCUUAUUCGAUGCUCCUAUACUCACCUAUGUUAGCAAAGACCUGAAGAAAGUCGAACAAAAUCUACAGUCAGAAGCCAGACAUGCGAAUUUGUUGAUGAUUUGGACAGAUUGUGAUAGAGAAGGUGAACAUAUAGGUUCAGAGGUAGCUUCAGUAUGUCGAAGGGUCAAUCAAAAUCUGAUCGUGAAGAGAGCUAGAUUCAGUGCCAUUAUAGCUGCACAAAUCCAUCAAGCUGCUCGUCAAGCCAACGAUUUAGAUGUACGUCAAGCCGAUGCUGUAGAAGCUAGAAUUUCAUUAGAUUUAAGAAUAGGUGCAGCGUUCACUAGAUUGAUGACAAUGAGUCUGCAAGUCAGAAUACCAGAAUUGGCAGAACAGGUCGUUAGUUAUGGUCCUUGUCAAUUCCCAACGCUGGGCUUCGUCGUCGAUCAAUACAACCGCGAACAAUCCUUCGUUCCAGAAACAUUCUGGUACAUAUACGUCUGUAUCGAAAGAACAGAUGAAGAAGGAGAAGUAAGAACGGUAGAAUUCAAAUGGAGGAGAAAUCAUCUUUUCGAUAUGGAUAUAGCUGCUGUUCUUUACGAGCAAUGUGCAAUGGAUCCAGAGGCAACAGUAGUAAAAGUGGAAACUAAACCUACAACCAAAUGGAAACCACUUCCCUUGACAACUGUGGAAUUGCAACAAUCCGGUUCGAGAUUACUUAGAAUGGCUCCUAAACGUGUCCUUGAUAUUGCCGAAAAGCUUUAUCAGAAAGGUAUUCUGAGUUAUCCUCGUACCGAGACCGAUCAAUAUGACCGAGCGUUUGACUUCAAUAGCUUGAUCCAAAAGCAGACAUUUGAUAAUCAGUGGGGCCAAUAUGCGCGGAAAUUGAUAGAUGGGGAUUAUCAACGGCCUAGGAAUGGCAAGAAGAAUGAUAAAGCACAUCCUCCGAUUCAUCCUACCGCUCACGCUGGAAACCUGGAAGCCGACGAGAGAAGAGUCUUCGAACUUGUCACAAGGAGGUUCUUAGCUUCAUGUUCUAAGAACGCAGAAGGAAAAACUACCACUGCGGAGAUAAAUAUUGCUGAUGAGAUCUUUCAUACAAGUGGUCUUGUCAUCACUCAACGAAAUUAUCUCGAAGUUUAUCCUUAUGACAAAUGGUCCGAUUCCGCUUUACCAGAUUUCCAAGAAGGAGAAUUAUUUACGCCGACCAUCAUCGAGCUGAAGGACGGUAGUACCUCAAGACCGAAUCUGCUUACUGAAGCAGAUCUCGUAGGAUUGAUGGACAAGAAUGGGAUUGGUACCGAUGCUACCAUCGCUGAACAUAUAUCAAAAAUCAUCGAAAGGCAAUAUGUAAACGAAAAGCAAGAACAAAAGACUAAAUAUCUCGUCCCUUCUCAACUUGGUGUAGGUUUGGUAGAAGGCUAUGAUAAGAUCGGCUUUGAUAGAUCCCUGAGCAAGCCUCAUUUACGUCGAGAGACUGAACACCGUAUGCAGCUAGUAUGCGACGGAGCCAAGGUCAAGCGAGAAAUCCUGGAUCAAACGAUUGAUGAGUACAAAGAGGUUUUUAUUAGAGCUAGACGAGAUUUCGAGGUUGUAAUUGAAAGUGUCAUUGAUUACCUGCAUGGAAGGGGGGAAGCUCAAGAGGCUUUGAGAGCAGCUGCGCAGAGUCGGAGAGGAAGAGGAGCUGUUAGAGGAGAUCGAGGUGGUAGAGGUGGCAGAGGAGCUGCACUACCUCGAGGGGCCAGAGGCAAUCAAGUUGAUGACGAUGAAGACGACGAUGAUGGGAAUGAAGGAGGGCCGCCAAGAGGAGGAGGCAGAACGAGGGCGACAAGAGGCAGAGGGACCUCAACCAGAGGAACAAGCUCGAGAGGAAGAGGAGCAAGAGGAGCUGGAGCCAUUGAAACCAGCAGAGGAGAUGUUGAAACGUCGAGGAAAAGAAACUUUGACCGUAACAGUUCAAACGACGGCCCACCUGAUGAUACUCCUAAAAGGUGUAAUUGCGAUCUGCCUGCCGUGUCUAGAAAAGUCCAAAAAGCCGAUUCUGCACAUGUUGGAAGACAGUUCUGGACUUGUCAAAAACCGCAAGGGGAGCAAUGUGGAUAUUUCGAAUGGGCGGAGGAAGGUACUUCAGCGUCGAUGACCACUGGGAACGCUCUGUCGCGGAGUCAGCCGCCCGCCAAGAAACAACGACCUUCGAGCCGAAACGAGGUUCGCGGUAAUGAUCAACAUAUUCGAUGCAAUUGCGAUUUGGAGGCGAAGUUUGGCUCAGUAAUGAAAGAUGGGCCAAAUAAAGGCAAACAAUUCUGGGCAUGUCCGAAUAAUCCUCGAGCAAGCUGUGGGUUUUUCGAGUGGGCAGACGAAAAUGGUGCAUCUGGUUCUGGUAGUGGAUAUGCCCCCGGCCUUUCUGGGGGCGGUGGCGCAGGGAGAUCCAGUGCAGGAGGAGGUAAUACAGGAGGAGAAUGCUUCAAGUGUGGUCAGAACGGACACUGGUCUAAGGAUUGUCCCAACGAGGGAUCAGGGAAUUAUGGAGGUGGGGGUCGAACAAUUAGUGGAGGAGGAGGAGCAGGUAGCACAGGUGAUUGCUUCAAAUGUGGCGGAAGUGGUCAUUGGUCAAACAAUUGUCCCAACGAUGGUGGUGGAUAUAGCAGUGGCGGUCGAGGUGGAGGUAGAGGCAGGGGUAGUUCAAAAUCAAGAGGUAGAGCUAAGGGCAGGGGAAGAUGA